UCGAGGGCGUACAGUGCGUGUUGUAGCUGAGCACAGCAGCCGUGAUUCGGCAGCAGGCUUCUGUAGCAGUGCAUUACGGGGAUCUAUAAACUACUCCGGGCUUGUUUGCCAUCCAGAGGCGCCUUCACGAACCUUAAGGGUCCUCCAGUACUGCGGUUUUCCGAGGGGAGAAUGGAGACGUAUUUGCGCAGCUGUCGCGGCGUGCUGCAGAGUCACAUGAAGAACAGCUCUGGGUUGCUCCAUGUGGUGCUGGGGAAUGAAGCGUGUGAUAUUGACUCCAUGAUAUCAGCCCUCACCUUUGCCUAUUUUCUGUCAAAGACACUGGAGUCUGGGAAAGCAGCAGUGCCUAUCCUGAACAUCCCACGAGCAGAGUUCCCCUUGCGCUCUGACAACGUUUUCCUACUGAGAGAGACUGGAUUGUCCCAGGACUACCUUCUGUUCAGGGAUGAGGUGGAUCUCCAUGGUUUGCAGCAGCUGGCUAUUACAUUAGUGGACCACAACGUUUUGCCUGAAGCUGACCAUGCAUUGGAGAAGGCUGUGGUGGAGGUCAUUGACCAUCAUCGUCUGGAUAGGGCCCCCUCUCCCAGUUGCUCUGUUACCGUGGAGACUGUGGGCUCCUGUGCCACCCUGGUGACCGAGCACAUUGUCCAGAAGGCACCUGAGGUGUUGGACCAACAGGUGGCACAGCUCUUAUAUGGUACUAUUAUCACUGACUGUGUUAAUAUGGCACCUGAGGCAGGAAAAGUCACUCCGAAGGACAGCCAGUAUGCCAUUCUUCUAGAGACACAAUUCCCUAAGCUCCCUCCUAGGAGCAUCCUGUUCCAGUCUCUGCAGAAUGCCAAGUUUGAUGUGUCAGGCCUCACCACGGAGCAGAUGAUGUUAAAGGACAUGAAAACUGUAUCAGGUGGAGAUUUGAGGCUGGCUGUCAGUGUUAUCUACAUGACUCUUGAGUCUUUCCUACAGAGACCGCGUCUACAGCAGGAGCUUUGUGAGUUCUGUCAUAAGCACAGCUACAACCUGGUGGUGGCCAUGACCAUCUCAUUCAUCAACGAUAAGGAGCCUUUCAGACAGCUUGCAGUUUACAGCUCUUGCACACUCUACCGGGAUGAGGUUAGCAAAGCACUUGAAAAAGCCAGAAAUCCCAAUCUGGAUCUCAGGCCAAUGAGCAGUCCCUAUCCAGACGUGAAGGCCUAUGUUCAGGGUAACACACUGGCCUCUCGCAAGAAGGUAUUACCUAUCAUUUUAGACUUCCUUAAAGACAGGGAGAGGAAAAUGGCGCAAAGUGGAAACCUGGAAGAUCUGGAGCUGGAAGAUGAAUGCACACAAGAUCCAAGUGACUCUCAGCAAUGCUGUGAGGAUUCUGCCAUAGAAGAGGACUCUGGUGUCCCUCCUACCCCCAUGAACAGUCUGGUUGAGGGCUGUCCUUUGGACAAUGGCCUUCCCAAGAUCAAUGCAGAGGUGCUAGUGGAAAAAGUCAGCAAGAUAGCGAGUGAAGAAGACAGGCCUUUUGAAGGACAAUGACACCACACCCACUGUGCCACUGACCCCCACAUCCUCUAAGGAUUUUAACCAUUGGUAAAACAAGUCUUUCUUCUUGUUCAAGAGUAUGCACUGCGUACACAGAACCAUAGGGCACAAAACACACAAAAAGGCUUCUAUCUGUUCUGGAAAAUUGACUGAGGUUCCUUGGAAAAGUACACUUUCCUGGUAUUUCCUGGUGUAAGUGAAGGACAGAAACCUGCUAGUACAUGUGUUCAACAUUUGGACAUACUUAUUUUCAGAAUUAUUUAUAUUACAAUGUUUCUGUAAUAAGAGUUUUAUUUGUAUUGUUUUUUGGCCCAGUUGGUCAUGCCUUGGACUCAGCAUGUGAUAUUCUGCAAAUUGACUAUACAGCUUUUGCUCAGGUCCUCUUCCUCAUCAACCAGUUAUGACUAGAAAAAGCAGCUAAAUAAGAGGAGGAUAAUGGUACAAAUAGGUUGACUAGACAAGAUGCAAGGUGCCAUUACCACUGAUGGCACUGAAUUUUAUUUUGAUGUGGUAAUGUGCUCUCAUUUAAGCCGCAUGUGAUCGGUCACGUCUUUAUGACAUGUUCAGUGCACAUCUUUCCUUUCCUUUAGAAUACCUAAACACCCAAAUGUGAUUAAAAAGAAAUGCAUUUAUAAAUGAUAUGUGAUUUGAGCAUUAGGCCUGCUGCCAUAGCCAUAGUGCUUUAAGGAGAGAAGUGGCUCUGUUAAAUCACAGUUCAUCUGAUGGGCUGUUUUCAGAGACAUCAUUUAAAGACAGUGUUUCAGUUCAGGGUGUAUUUCCUUAUUGACUCACAGAAUUGCUGUUUUUUUUUUUUUUAACAUUUCUCACAGCAUAUACUGUAGAAAUAUGUAGCAGUAUUGAUGCCAGAGUUGCCAUUAUUCAUUUCACAGCUACUUAAUUUCCCCCAGCAGACUAGAAGGGCAAUAAUAGUGCAGAGUGUGUUAAAUUUAGCAGUAAGGUAAAUAAUUUAGGGCUGUAGCAUGGACAGUUUUGUCGUUAAUUAAUCUAAAGCUGAUUUAAGUUGGUAGAUCCUGGGCAGUGUAAUGGCUGUUCCAUUUUAUCCAAUACAAUGCAUUAGGGAGAGUUUAAAAGCAUAAUUACUUUUCACAAAUUAAGUUUGAGUUCCAGUUUAAAGUUGCCGGAAGUUUUAAAAGAUCAUCAAGCAGUCAUUCGUUGUAUUUUUUGCCAAGUUUAUCUGUAAUAUUUAGCAUUUUGUUUUGAUCUCUCCUAAGAAGCUGUAGUCAGAUAAUUGUAUAAAUUAUAAAUAAUCAGUAAAUUGCAAAUUAAGGAACAUACAUAAUUUUUUUGUUAUCUUUACCAAAACAGACACCAAUCAAUAAUGAUUCCUGAACAGAGUUUUUCUGUACUUUCUUUUAAAGCUGUACUUUGUAAGAUUUGGAGACCUCUCUGGUGGAAAUGUGUAAUUGCACACAAUGUUCAACUAAAUAUUUAGAUGUCAAAGAAGUAUGACGUGAUCUGAAAAACGUCUGUAAAAUCCAACAUAACAUCUCCAACUUUUAAAUUAAAUACUCUUUCACAUGCAUAUAGUAUGUAAUACAGACAGCUAAUCAGCAGUCUAGAUUUUGGAAUAAGCAUGCUUAUUGGAUGCUGUUAAGACUGACUAGUUAGGUACUGAAAUUUGGUAUUGGAUAUUUUUGGAAUUUUUUGAUACUCAUAAGUGAUGUGGGGUCGGUACCAUUAAAAAAAAAAAAAAAAAACAAUUUCGAUAUGCAGUACUAUUAGUAAAUGGUGAUACUUUGAUGCAAAGGAUCAUUUUUUUUAAUCGCUUGCAUGUGUGGCGGAUGUAAACUUAUUGAGAAUCACCUGCAUCCAUGAGGCUGUAAAGAGAUUUUACUGUUAAAUACCAAAGAGUUAUAAUGCAAGCUUCAGCCUUUCCUGUGUGACAGGGCUUUGCAGAUCGGCAUGUGCUACAUAGUUUUAUUAUGUUUUCUUCUUCUAGGAUAAAUUUUUAUGUUAAUUCAAAUUUUUGCAAAACUAAUGAUGAUUAAUUUCUGCUUGUUUGCUUGCAGCGUUAAUGUACCAUUUGGAAGGAAAUGUAUUCAUGGAAUUUUUAUUUAUUUCUUUAUUUGUUUUGAACCGGCAUAAAAUUAUUAACAAGUAUUACUAGCAUGCCAAAAAUUAUAUAUUGCUUCUGACAUAAUCAAAAGGAAUUAGAUUCUGCUACUGAUUGUGUAGAGUAGUUUAAAUUGAAGACGGAUGUGUUGGUGACAAGUCACUCAUUGUGGUACUGGCAACUCUUUGGAGGGGGUGGAUUGGGAUUUUUUAUUUAAAUUAUAAAGGGUUCAUGGUGUGACGUGUUUAAGUAAUAUUUGUCAUACAGUUUAGCAGAAACGUGUUGAGACGUCGGUGAGAGUUGUGUUUUCGUAGUCGUAGAGAUAAAACUAUUAACAUUGUUUCACAGGAUAAUUGUAAUUUAAUCACUGUGAAUCGCUCCUUUGCCGUUUUAUAAAACACUUAAAGAAGACGAGGAGCUGCAUCUGUGUGUGUGUGUUGGUUAGUUACUUCUACUUUAAUGUAUAUAUGCUGGGUUCUCUCAGCGGUCAGACAGUUAUCAGCCAAGACAGAGCAGUGUAUUACACAUAAAACCAUGAUAGACUGUUUCAGAUCAGGCUUGAAUGAACUGAAUGAUUCAUAUAAAGUGUGGUUUAAGUAAAGCUGGACAAUCAAGAGCACGUCCUUCUCGGUGUUUGUGCUCCCUGUUCAUUUCGAUUUAAAGUUCACUUGAAAAUUUGUAAUGUGGCUUAAUUGUUACAAAUAAACAACCCGGUUGUUUGGUGUUUGUA